CCGCCGCAGGGUCCCAGCCACCAUGGCUGGGAUAGUGGUCAGUGGAACUCAAGUGUCUUACAUAGGCCAGGACUGCAGAGAAAUCCCAGAGCAGCUCAGCAGGGACUACGGACAUUUUGCAAAGAGGCUUGAUCUGAGCUUCAACCUGUUGAGGUCACUGGAAGGACUGAGCGCAUUCAGAAGCCUGGAGGAACUCAUCUUAGACAACAAUCUACUCGGUGACGACCUCGUGUUGCCACGGUUACCCCACUUGCACACCUUAACCCUCAACAAGAACCAAAUUACCGAUUUGGAGCACCUCCUCGAUCAACUGGCUAAAGCAACACCAGCCCUGGAGUACCUCAGCCUGCUGGGAAAUGUGGCAUGUCCCAAUGAGCUGGUCAGUUUGGAGAAGGAUGAGGAAGACUAUAAGAGAUACAGGUGUUUUGUUCUGCACAAGUUGCCCAAUUUGAAGUUUCUGGAUGCCCAGAAAGUCACCAGACAAGAACGGGAGGAGGCAUUGGUGAGAGGGGCCUUCAUGAAAGUGGUGAAGCCCAAGAUUUCCAGUGGGGAUGAUGCUGCCUCUCCAGAAGGACACCACCAGUACACACCCCUGCCUUCUGCAUCCAGAGAGCUUACCAGUCACCGAGGUAUCCUGGCGAAAGGUCGCUAUUUUUACUAUGGAAGAAACUCAGAGGGUAAUAGGUUCAUCCGAGAUGACCAGCUCUGAAGCUAAAUUCUACAUGCCUUAACCUAUGUCAUGAUAAUAAAA